CCACAAGCGUCCAAUUACACAGAUUUUAAACAACAUACAGCGAUAUGUACUUUCUACGAUAUGUAGAUAAACAUGAAUAAAUCUCAUGCAUUAUUUAAGUUAAUUGUUACUUAAGUUUUAGUAAGGAUGACUUCUUCAAUAAUUGGGAUCACUAUUACCCAUGGGGCAGAUUAUCUUACAGGUGUAAACCUUGGAGUGGUGAUAGGGACCGACCUUCCUGCCCUGAAGGCUAGUGAGUUAAGAAGUCACAUCGUAAAACAGGUGCCUUCCUGUCCACAGCAGUUCAACAUCUGUACUAAACAAGGAUGGCCUCUCACUUCUGAACAGGAAGGAAAGUUGCUGGUGUCAGAGUUGAUGAAAGAUGGCAAAGAAUUGCUUAUUAAUGUGAAAACUGCUGGACCGAAGAUCGGAGUGAAAAACAAGCAGGGAUCAGUGAUAGGAUUUGUCCAUGCCGGUCUGAAAAGUUCUCUGAUGGAACUGAAGGGGCUAAUUAAUCAACAGAUUCUUCAUUCGGCCCUGAGUCCUACAUCUCCAUUCCAUUUCUUGGAUGAACGCUCCUGGCCAAUCAGCACUUGCCAAGAAGGUCACAUGACAGUAACAGAUGCUCUGAUUGGUCAAUGUGUUAGAACUAAUCUAAAUAUAUCACUUCAGUCUCCAAACCUAUCAUCACAGAAGGAACCGCCAUUAAAAAGGAUAAAGUUUAACCCGCAGCUGUCGUUUCGGUCCAGUAAGGACCUGGACCGGCCAGCCUCCAUGGAUGUAGUGGACGGUCGGACACCUGGUAAGCAAGUGCUCAUUAGUUACGUGCGAUCGGAGGCAGCUACGCAUGCUCUCAGACUGAAAGAACAACUGCUGGGACAGGGGCUUACUGUGUAUCUGGAUGUGCAUGAGAUCGGGACAGGCGUGGACUGGCAAGACUCACUGAACAAUGCUGUGAGCAGCUGUGAGGUGUUUGUUCCCCUGGUCACCAACAAAUACGGGGCUACACAGUGGACAAACAGGGAGGUAAAACUAGCAGACGUUUUGGGGAAGUACAUCCUACCAGUCAGUUUCCUGCCAGAGUGGCCCCCACCCUGCCUUGCCAUACAGUUCGCCACCACACAGUUUAUACCUUGGAUAGACCAAAGAUACCUCAGUGCCAGAGAUGAAAAAGCAAGCAUCUCGGAAUGGUGCGAUAGAGAUAUUAAGAUGGUGGCAGGGAAAAUCUCCGUCAGAGUUCAGGAACUAACAGUAGCCAAGCUGCCCUCUCUUGUCAAAAGGGCGACGGUAGUGAAGAGCUGUGCGUGUCUGUGGCUGAACAACUCCAGUGCCACUCUAGAGGACCGAGAGGGGGCACCACUGGUCAUGAUCUGUCUACACCCAGAACAACACAAAUUUGCCAUGGAGUUGAAAUCUCUCCUUGUUGGAUGUGGACUCGAAGUAUGGUGUACCACAGAGCUUGACCGGGGUCACAUGGAACAUAUAGACAGCCUAGCCUCUAGUCAGGAAGGAUUUUGGAGUACAGAACACGGACAUAUCAAUUUUGCUAUCAAUUUCUCCAUCCUGAACGAGGCUGGUCACUCCCUGUCUGGUGACCAUGGUAACAAAGAUGGCCGCAAAGGCAACCAUGUCCUUGACGACAUCCGCCUGUUCCAGGAGAAGGCAGAUGAUGCCAGUGUUGUGAUCUUUGUCCUCUCAGAGGUCUUCUCACACUCCAGAGUCUGCCAGCAGCAGGUAUUUUACUGUGAGCAUCGUAAGCGUGUCAUUCCCGUGCUGUACGAGGAUCUAUGCAUGCCAGAUUGGAUGACCAUGCUGGUCGGAUCUCACGGUCUGGAGAGAUCUCAGGACGAGGACUUCAAGGAUGUGUUAAUCCAGCGUGUGAAGUCUGAGUUAGACCCCGUGGAGAGGAUGAAGAGAUCCUACUCCCGAUCCUUUUCCUCCCCGUUUUCCCCAGUGGAGGGGAGCUACUCUAACAGGAGCCCUGCUGUCAGGAGCCCAGCCAUUAGGAGCCCAGCCACUAGGAGCCCUGCCCCAUUUAUUGGGAGUCAGACCAUGCCAUUCUUUUUUCCACCCCGAGUUUAUGCCAGUCAGAAGCCACCAGAAGUCUUUCAGAUGGAGGUUACCCCAGCCAGCGAAACGCCCAAUGCCAGGAACACAUCGACACCUACCGUACCUACAGCCAGCUCCGCAACGACCCCCGACGUCUCGCCUGUGUCUUCCACCACCAAGGACGUGAACGAACAACCUGAGGGUAAACAGAAGUCUCCACUGCUGACCAAACCUUCUCUAAGCUCAAUGAAAACUGUUAUCUUAGAAUAAACAUAUACACAUUGUUAUAUAAUUUAGAACCACGGCAUUGUGUUCUAGAUAUUUUAUAUUAAUAAGAUGUACAUGUCAUAUUGUAAGGAUGGUACAGAUUCUAUAUACUGGAGUUAAACUGCUUGCCUGAGUUGGAUGGCUGGCCUUAACAGUUCUAACUAUUUAUAAAUAAGAUGAACAAAACCAACAGCUACCGUAAACUACCUGCAUCAGUAGGCUGGCUGGCCGGCCUAUCGAAUAAUGUGAUCUAUAAAUAGAGCAAGGAAUUAAAUAAGUUUAAUAAUCAUUGCAGUAUAAUGUUACAAACAUGCAUUGCUCCAGCGAGGCCUAAAUACCAUUGCUGCCCUUUUACAGCAUCAUGUUGCCCUUUUGUUUGACAGAGUCAGUUUACAAAAAAAUGAGUAUAAAAAUAAUUAUAUACAUAAAUCGUAACAUAUAAGUAAAGAUAACAGCUAUAAAAGGUAAUUAUAACAAACUAACAGUAUUGAAAGGAGUAACAACACAUACACAACAAGAAUUGCACAUUUGCCCAUGCGAUUGCCCGAUUAAGGCUCAGUCAAUGCACAUCAUAAUUGCAGUUUCUACACUUUUCAAAUUCUGGCUGGAGCAUUUACAUGUUUUUCUUGACACUCCAAUUACAAUCCUUUAAAUGAACAUAAACUAUUUGGUUGUGACCAUGACAAUGAUUGUAUUGAUAAUUUCAUGAAAACAACACCUAUAGAAUAUCUCUGUCUCUGAUAGUUAUCAAAAACGACGCUUGUGAUUGGCUGAUUAGUCCAGUGACGUUUUAUUGUGGUCAAAUGAAUGCAAUGGUGAUGAAUCAUUUAUGUCGCAGCUUUUUGAACUGCUGAUUUUGUAUUAUGCUUGUUUGUCUUGGAAAUGUUAUAUAAGCAUUUGAGUUUGAUAAUUUAAGAUAAAGUUUGCAAAUAAUGAUUGUCAAUAUAAACAUUGAGUAUUUAAGAAUUUCUGUGCAACUGUGCAUAGAAAGAUUUGGCCAGUGCAUGAAUAAACGCGAAGUCUUACUUUAACAUUCAUUCUUUAAUGAACUCUGAGUUUUCAUUCUGUUGAUUGUUUGUCAGAAGAAUUUACCUUUUACCAUUUUGAAUUCCAAUAUGCCUCAUGGCUUAUCAGUAAAUAGUAUUAUGUGAAUGAAAGAAUCCAUUGAAGUUUCAGUCCGUGUGUUUUUGUAUGUCAGGCAGGAACAAGCCCACCAAUUAUUGACAACUUGAAAAAUGAUUUCAUCCAAGCAUGAAUUCACCUUAAAUAACAUUGAUUUCCAAUAUGCCAAAAGGCUUAUAAGAAAACAGAAUUAUGCGUACGAAAGAAUACAUUGAAAUUUCUGUCCAUGCAAUUUUGUUUGUCUGGUACAAACAAAUCCACCAAUUGAAAAUCCCCUAAAAAUGUGUUUUUUUUGUACGGAAUGAGCAUUAUUGUUGACAUAAUCAGUAUAUAACAUUUUUACCAUUGUAUGACAUACUCAUUGUAUGGCAUUAUCAUUAUACAGAAUAAUCAUUGUUUGACAUUAACAGUGUAUGACAUUAUUACUGUAUGACAUAUCCCAUCAUGCUAAAAGAGGCAUUAAAUUAUUAAGUUUUAAACAUACAUGUAUUUGUGAUAAGGUUUUAAUGUGUUUAUUUGUUUUUUAUUUAUUGAUAGAUACAGAUUAAUGUUUGAAACUAUUUCCACAGUGCUAUCAGGUGAACGCAAUGCUCAAUUAGAAAGUUGGGGCAUUUUUACAAGCAAGGUGUUUACGUGGGUCAUGCAAGUUCUUUAACCUUUGACUAAUAAUAUAAGUGCCAUAUUUAAAAAACUACUGAUGAUAGUCUCAUGAAAUGUUGUACACAUGUUACCAAUGACAAAUAUGUGGAUAUGAAGCAAGAUCUAUAAUUCUGUCUUAAAGGCAGAUAAGCUCAGGAUUAUGUAUUGAAAUGUCAAUCAUUUCUGAAAAAAAAAUACAACAAAAAAACUCAAGGUUCUAGUUUUAUAUUUUUAAUGAUAAAAAAAAGAAGAAAAAUUCCACCGAAAAAUGGAGGAUUCAAACCUGAGUACUAUGGGUGUGCAGUCUGGGACCAUAUCCAUUACACCACAUAGUUACUAGUGGUUUUAUAUAAGAUAUAUUAACACCUCAACUUUCAUUCCUUUAUUGAGCUGACUUUUGGCAAUUGAGAAUAUUUUCCGGUGAAAGUAGCAUCUUCGGAUAAGUUCCGAUUGCAAAUCAUGGCAUAACAAUAUAUAUGUAAAUUAAACAAAAUUAUCGUUUGUAUUGUGUCGGCAGUACAGGAAAACUUAAAUCAACAUUUUAGAAUGUGUUUAUAUAUGAUAUGUUAAAUGUAUUGGUUUUAUUAGUGUUUCAAUUUAACGUUUAAAGGUAAUUUGAAGUGAGUGAUUUUUCCAACGUUGUUGUAACCUACUCCCGAUUGUAACAAUAUGAUAAAUUUUUAUUCUAUUCUAUUUACAGACUGGGUAAGAAUGAGUUGAAGUAUUUCUUUUAACAAUUCUUGAAUGAAAUAAUGGACUAUUUGUGUAAAUAUAAGUAAUGAAUUGCUUGAUUGAUGUAAUUAUCGGGGAUAUGAAUGCAGUUGGGCUGGUUUCUGUAUGCAUGAAGUCCUUCCACGCACUUGACAACCCAACUGUGUUCAUACCACAAUAAUGACAUCAAUCCUGCAAUUCAUUCUUUAAAUAAAAAAUGCACAAUAAAAAUUUGAUAAAAAUCAACAUUGAAACAAAAUGUUGUCAAAAUUUGAAUGUUUAUUGUUCUUGUUGUAAACAUUGUUGUAGGUUGUGAACAAUUUUUUUUAUUGUAGGUACCUUUUGCUUAUAAGUAUUUGGGCAAUGAGUAUUCAAGAGGCCUAGUUCAACCCCUUAUUUAUUUUUUUAUACCUAAAUAUAGACAACUGUUUCUGUUAAAGUGGAGAAUGCACCUUUAAAUGCUUGUCCAGUUACUCUUGACCAACUGAGAAAUUGUAAAAAAAGGUUUUUGUUAGUUUUGAAAGUGUUAGUAGUUAUAGGUGUUUUAAAUGUCCAAAGAGGUUGUGAUAUUUAUUGUUAUUAUACUAUUGUUAUCGGUUUACGCAUUCAGUAUUUAAAUAAGAUUGAAAAUACACUUUAAAUAUCAACAUGAUUCUUUUAAUGGUUUAUUUUGAAACAUUUGUUGCCAUUAUUUCAAAGUGUUAGUGAUUCCACAUCUAUAUAACUGUGAGUUUUAUUAUUUACUUCAAAAUUACGUAAAUGUUUCAACAACCCCAGGGGCGGUAUUCAAUAUUCAACUUAAGUUAAUCUUAUGGUCAAACAUCAUUGACUUCAUUCACUCUAUUGGUUAGAUAUUAAUAACAAGUAAUCCGAUUAGCUACAUCGUUCUUAGAUCCAAUUAUGACAAAUAUUGAAUACCAGCCCAGGGCCGGUAUUCAUAAAACAUUUAAAGUCUUUUCCUUACUUAAGGCAUAUUUUUAAG